GUCCCCGCCUCAACAUUACUGCGCGCUGUUGCGUGGAGGCAGGAGGGGCUUCCAUCAUGGCGUCGAUGCAGAAAAGGCUACAAAAGGAAUUAUUAGCCCUGCAAAACGAUCCACCCCCCGGAAUGACGCUUAACGAGAAAAGUGUACAGAACACCAUAACACAGUGGAUUGUGGACAUGGAGGGAGCCCCCGGCACAUUGUAUGAAGGAGAAAAAUUUCAGUUGCUCUUCAAAUUUAGUAGUCGAUAUCCAUUUGAUUCACCUCAGGUAAUGUUCACAGGGGAGAAUAUACCUGUCCACCCGCAUGUGUAUAGCAACGGUCACAUUUGUCUGUCCAUCCUGACGGAAGACUGGUCCCCAGCCCUCUCAGUGCAAUCUGUCUGUCUUAGCAUUAUUAGCAUGUUGUCCAGCUGCAAAGAAAAGAGACGACCACCUGACAACUCCUUUUACGUAAGAACGUGUAACAAAAACCCAAAGAAGACAAAAUGGUGGUAUCACGAUGAUACUUGCUAAUGCACAAAGUUUGUAAUACGUCACAGAAGAGAGGAGUCCUACUGAUCCACGUGAAGCACUUUUUAAUCAUUCAGUCUCUGAACUCUGACCUUUGACUGGAACAAUGGACACCAUACGCUGGAGGCUCUUGAUUGCACCCACCUCCCCUGCCGGGCAGCUUGAUGCAUGUUUUAGUCGGUAAUAGCCAAGAAUGGUAACCCGUGGAACGUUUAGAUGCACCCAAGAUGGAUUCUUUUCCUGGCCAAACGAUAGUAAUGCAGUACGUCAGGUGGAUUUUUUGCGUAUUUCCUGUUUUUAGAAUUGUUCCUUUUUGUGUGCGCGUGUGGAUGCAGUUGAAAGUCCUUGUGUUGUGCAAUAAUCACCAACCGAUGGACGGCAUGCUUGGGCCUACAAAGGAGUUAUCCUAAACUAAUGGAUGUCUGGAAAGGACCCGAUCGUCUUUAAAUUGCUUCAUCUAUUUUAUGCACUGUGAGAGUACAUCAUUCCCAACACUGUAAGCAGACCCCACUCAUUGGUUUUAAUUACUGGUCUAGCAAAGCCAGCGUGGCAUUAGGUCAAACUAUUCAUGUUUAGCUCCACUGGGAUAGUAUCCAGCCUUAGACAUGAGCAGGGGCCUCUUCCAUUUUAAAGAAUGUUGCUUUCAUUUUUUUUUUUGUUUUGAUGCUUUGACAUGCUUCUAAAAUGUAAGGAUUUCACCUUUUUUGUACUGUUUUAAGGGGGAUUGGACUGUUAACUUUUUUUUUUUAAAUAUACAUAUAUAAUAUAUUAUUUUCAUGUGUUGUAUUUAAUUUAAUAUAUUUCCGCAAUGGUAGAGCGUGACAAAAAAUGUCUUUACAUAUAAUAAAGACAAGGCUUUGUAAUUCUGCCUGGUCAGAGUUAUGGCUCAGGUACUUUUUUCAAUAAAGAACGCCUGUAAAAAAUAUAUAUAUAUAUAUAGAUAACUAUCAGAUGUUUUAACUAUAUUUUCACCAAAGGAGAAUAUGUUGUAAAAUAACAUGUCGAGCUAUUGUGUGUGUAUACAGUGUUUAAUUAUUGGGAUGAUGCAUUUAUUGUAAACAGUUAGCCUGUUUUUAGUUAGAAUAUAUACAGUUGGCAACAAACCAAACUACAAAAAUAAUAGUUUCCAGUGGGAUUGCAUUCAUUUUUGAGCUUUUAUUUGCAAAAGGACAGCCGUGAAUCUUACCAUGUACCACACUCUUUAAAGUGUGAUUUAUAUUCCUAAAUGAAACUGAUAAGAAACUUGAACUUUCCAUCUGGGAUUUUUAGCUUUUUUAUUGAAGACCACAGCACAUCACUAAGCCAAAUAAAUCUAUAACUUCAAAAUACAUUACAAGUCGAACACCAUCGUGCUGUUGUGAAAGUAAAAUUAGCCAGAAGGUACAGGAGAAAAGGUUGCAUGGUCAUCUUUUAAUUUUAUUUUAUUUUUAUUUUUGGUUUGGAAUCCCGAGUUUGCAGGUUGAUGAGGGUUUAUUUAUAUUUGGGAAAACAUGUUCUGGGAUGUUCAAGCUUGUGUAAUAGGUGCCUGUUCAUUUUCAUAAUCGAUAAUAAAAGCAAAUAAUAUUUUUUGUUAAA